GACUUCUGGAGUGCUAUGCAGCCCUUGUGACAGAUGCGAGACUGCUGGGAAGAGUUCAGCACAGAGCGGUCUGUCACUUAGCUGUGGUCACCGAACACACCUCUGGCAAGGUGGUAGGAAGCAGUGGUUGGCAUGGACUGAGUAGGUUCAACUCCCACUUCUUCGUUCCAGUGUUUUUGUUACAUUUACUGUCAGCCAGUUUGCUUUCUGAGGACUCAUUUCAUCAUGACCUCUUUUGAAGAAGCUGAAACUGAAGAAACAGUAACGUGUCUCCACAUGACCUUUUACCAUCCUUGCCAAGAAGACAAGAUGAUGUUUCGUUGCUUGAAUUUCUGUAAGCGAGAACAGGUCAGGGCAGAUGAAAUGGCCAAGUUUGGCCGUGAUUCCAGUGUCUGCCGUUACAACUUAAUGGAUACUCGUGUUUCUCGGAUUCAGUUCUCACUGCAGUUUUACAGAAAACUGAACAGCUCAGAGUUUUGUUUUGAGAUAAAGAACAUGAGCAAGAAAACAAAACUGAUAGUGGACCAAACAGAACUAGGAUACUUAAACAAAAUUGACCUGCCAUGGAAGUGCAUAAUUUGUUUUGGGGACUACCAGAUUUUAGCAGAGAUUCAAGAAGGGGAGUCCAUGGAUUAUUUUGAGACUCACUUACACUUGGCUGAAGUGCCAAUCUUACAGGAAAGAUGCCUGCCAUCACUGCAACCUAUACCAGAGAAUGGCAUUUCUUCUUCCUUGUUUCCUUCCCAAGACAAAAGCCCCAUAGAGAUUGAUGAAAAUGAGUCGUGCUAGUGGGGAGAAGGAGGCUGGAUCAGAUUUUGAUCAUUUGAAACCUGCACAACUUCUGAAACCGAAGGCUGUCAUCUCAGUCCACUGCUCCUGAUGGUCCUCACCACUGCACAUCAUUCUUCUUACUUGGUGUUUUCAGCUCAGGCAUACCAGAACAUACUUCAUUCAACAGAAACAGUUUCCUGCCACUGUCUCACCAAGCCAUGAAUGCUCUCAGAUCACCACUGUCUGUAUCAUAAACAUGUGGGAGGCACAGAGAGCCACUCAAAUCCACUGCAGCAGUUCCAAUUCCAGAACUGUGACCACAUGCCUUGAAGGUAUACUUAACAGGCAUUACUAUAGAGCAUGUAGAACAGUGUUUUAGCCCCAGCAUUGGUGAGCUAAGUAGGGACAUAAUGUCUCAGCACGUUUAUUAUACUUCAUGCUUUGCUUUAGCCAUGAAAUUCCAAAUGGUGUUUUCAAGCUUAGGUUGUAACUUUCCAGAUUUUGCAGUAUAGAAACACUUUGUCAGUAUCGUCUUUUAAAGUUAAUGUUUUUAUUAACUUUGCAGUGAGAUUUUUGUCUAUUUUUAAAUUAAUUAAAAACACAUAUUUUUUGCAAGUUAACUACUUUUGCUUGUGAAUGUAAAGAAGCAUGCAGUGUCAGUGAUCACAGUAUGUAAAAAUCCAGAUAAAUUUUGUAAUAAAAGCAUUUGGUUGCCUAGUAAGGAUUUACUGUCUUCUGCAACUACGAUCUAAAAGCACUUAUGGUG